CCUUCAAAAGUAUUAGCCAUGUGUCAAAUUCGAGCUAAAAUUUAUCAAGAUGAAACAAAUGCUAACAUAGAUUAUGCCCGGGAAUGUUUUUAUUCUAAUAGUAUAUUGAAUAAUCAGCUAGAUGAAAUGGAAAUAGAGAACCUUGAAGAGGCAAAUGAUGAUGCUGAUUUAUAUGAAAUUGAAGAAGAUGAUAGCGAUAAUAUUUUAAAUAGUUUGUUAACUAUCUUUGUAGAAAAUCUUGACGAUAUUAUUUGCCAACAAGUUAAUGAUUUAGAACAUCCCGCAGAAGAUAACUCAGCUAAAUGGAAUUUAUAUGAUUUAUUUGUUUCAGACAUAGAAAUUCCGGAUUAUUUUAAUAUGCUUUAA